AGUCCAUUAAUAGAUGACAACUUAUUUGAUAUUUUCCAAGAUACGGUGUUUGGGGACACCCAAUUUGGUGGAGGGGACCUCAUUUCCAUUUUCCAGAGCCUAGACUCCAAAGAUUUUGCCCCUCCAACUUCGAAACAAAACGAGCACAACUCAACAAUGGAGUCUCAAAAGCUCUCAAUAUCUUCAAGUGCUGAAACUGAGGCUGAAAUCUCACCCGAAAGCAAGACAAAAAAGCUUAUCCCCACCUUGCCGGAGGAACCACAGAAGGUGUCUCAUAUAACAGUGGAGCGCAACCGAAGAAAGCAGAUGAAUUUAAACUUGUCCGUAUUAAGGUCACUUAUGCCUUCCUUCUAUGCCAAACGGGGAGACCAAGCAUCAAUAAUUGGAGGUGUGGUCGAUUACAUCAACGAGUUGCAACAGGUGCUACAGUGCCUAGAGGCCAAGAAACAAAGAAAAGUUUACAGUGAUGUACUAAGCCCGAGGGUAGUUUCAAGCACAAGGGCUUCACCACUAAGUCCUAGAAAACCAGCAUUGAGCCCUAGAAUAAACCUACCCAUUAGUCCAAGGACACCACAACCUGACAGCCCUUACAAACCCAGUUACCUUUCUCCAACUAUAGCCAACUCUCCCACUUCUUCGGCUUCUUCUUCCAUCAACGAUAAUAUCAAAGAGCUUGUUGCGAGUUCCAAGUCUCUUAUGGCUGAUGUUGAGGUCAAGUUUUCAGGUCCACAUCUUCUUCUCAAGACAGUUUCACCACCAAUUCCUGGACAGCCUCUGCGAAUAAUAUCAGCACUUGAAGACCUAGCACUUGAAAUCCUUCAUGUCAACAUCAACAUUGCUGAUGAAAUCAUGCUGAGCUCGUUCACUAUUAAGAUUGGAAUUGAAUGCCAACUCAGUGCCGAAGAACUCGCUCAACAAAUCCAGCAAACAUUCUACUAAACAUGGCUUCCACACUCCAGAACCACCAUCACACCUCACCCUUCCCCUUUUUAGUGUUUUGUUUGUA